UCUGUCCGAUAUGCGUCAUGGUCAACAUGGCUGUUUUCGUAUCUCCUCAAAGGCUCGGGGUGAUCGAAUACGUCGUACAAAAUGAUUUUCCAGUGAAUCACCACGGCGAGUGAACGUCCUGCUGUUAAUCGAAUUGCACGAGCGGCAGGCAGUGACAGGACUCGCCAGAAUUCGCCGCGAUAACCAAAGAUUCCACAAAUCGUAAGGAUAUAAAUAAUUUUAAGAUGGUAAAGUUAUAUGCACUGACCGUUCUGUACAAAAGUCCUACAUCGGCGACGACACUGAAAGCUGCUUACGAUGUAGAGUCAUUCUCUUUUUUUCAAAAGAACAGUAUUAAAGAAUUCAUGUGUUUUGUUAGUAAAACCAUUGUAGAAAGAACGCAGACAUGUGCCAGGCAGAGUGUCAAAGAAGGAGAAUACAUGUGCCAUGUGUAUGUACGAGCCGACAAUCUCGCUGCGGUUCUCAUCUCGGAUCAUGAAUAUCCUAGGAGAGUAGCACACACUCUGAUCACAAAAGUGAUGGAUGAGUUUGCGGCUAAGCAUCCACCAUCGACAUGGCCUGGACUUAAAGAGAUUACCGCCGACUUUCCACAAAUCAAUAUGUAUCUAGCAAAAUAUCAGAAUCCAGUUGAGGCAGACGCGCUCACAAAAAUGCAAAAUGAUCUAGACGAGACAAAAAUUAUUUUGCACAAUACCUUGGAGGCAGUGCUGCAAAGGGGAGAAAAACUGGAUGAUUUAGUUUCCAAGUCAGAGGGACUCAGCGCUCAGUCGAAAGCGUUUUACAAGACCGCACGGAAAACUAAUUCUUGCUGUAGUUUAGCUCCUUAAAAGAUUUCCUUCUUUUUUUCUUUUCUUUAGCGAGCUUUGCCGCUUCAAUAUUUCGAUAAAUGUGACUUUAUAAUUAAUGCGGUAUAGAAAUGCAAAUGGAUAUUUAUAUCUCAUUGAAGGAAGGGUUAAUACACAUGAAUUGAGGCAGAAGGGAAGGUUUAGCAAAGAGAGAUAACGGAGAAAUGCGGAAGAUAUCGAUCUAUCUAGAUUUUUCAGUGGGACAUUUAUAUUGAUUCAAUGAAUUUCUAGUUUAAUAACGGGCAAAAAGCAAACCACUGCCGGUUUCUCCCAGUUAAGUGGAAUUUUUUAUAAGGAUGUUACAUGCCCGUAGAAUUCAUCUACUCGCGAGAAAUGGUCCUAAGCAAUUGCGUAUGAGAAUUUACUUCCAAGACGAGUUUCGCGCGAGAAUGACUGUAAUGGAAUUCCCACGUUGUCAAAGUAUCGCCUUAAAUACAUUCCGAAUGUUAACCGUAUCCUUUUUACGUGAAGGGAACGCAAAGUGUAGCGUAAAGAGGUUUAUCGUAACACCCUUAUAGAUUGAUAGAUGCAACGUGAAGAUACCUGCAGGGUAACUAUAGUUCGACGAAUACUGAAUCUCUGUUCAAACGAUUAGGUUCCAAUCCAACACAUGAUCAGCCUAAAGUAAUCAAAAAAACCUUUUUGAUGAACAGAAUUUUGUAAUCUAUAAAAAUAAUUUUACGUUUUGUAAUUGUGUGAUUUUAUUACCGUUAUGUUGUGAGAAGUCAUCCAUAUUAUAAUAUCUAAUCGGGAAAAUAUUGUACAGAUUCUAAGAAGGUUGUCUAACAGUUUAUUUAACACACAUACGUAAACCAAUCCUCAUCCUUUUUAAUAUGGAUAACUAUAUUUAUAUAUCAUAAAUUGUACCAAAAUGAUCAAUGUUUACAUUAUAUAUUUCAUCAAGUCGAUGGAUAGACAAAGCUUACGAUUAUUUGUCAUUUGAACUUUAACGUAAAUAAAACUAACAAUGUGUCUUGACAAAGAAAAUAUAUUCUAUGUUUAAUGUUUAAGUGACAAUUGUAAUCUUUAUACUAUGUAUGUUGAAGAGUAUAAUGAGCCAGUAAAUAUAUAUUAAUAUAUAUUUUCAAA